AUGGAUCAGUGUGAGGACAGAGAGGAGGGAGUCCCUCCCUCUAAAACCACUCUGUGUGGGGAAGAUGAGAGCCAGAGCAAAGGUCAGAGGAUCCAUCAGAGACUCAAACCAGAACCAGAACCAGAACCCAGCUGUGUGUCCUUUAAGAGCGACAGGUCAAAGGAUGAUUUCAUUUUCUUUAAAUCUCCUGGAUCUCCACCAUCAGAGAGAGUGGACCAGCAGAGCUCAGAGGUUCCCAGUUGUCCAUCUGCCCAGCAGCAUCAAACACAACUGGACUCCAUAUUUAUGCUGCUGGAGGACAAUAUUGUCACUUUUGUGAAGAAAGAACUGAAGAAUAUCCAGAAAGCUCUGAGUCCAGAUUGCCCAGAAUGCUCAGAGACUCAGAGAGAUGAUGAGGUGUUGGAAGGUGAAGAUGAAGAACAGAGGAGGAGCAGCAGAGAGGCAGUGAUGAAGAUCACACUGAACUUCCUGCGGAGGAUGAAACAGGAAAAGCUGGCUGACCGUCUGGAGAACAAACAAUUUGCUCCAGUUUGUCAACCUCAACUUAAAUCUGGUCUGAAGAAGAAGUUCCAGUCUGUGUUUGAGGGGAUUGCUAAAGCAGGAAGUCCAACCCUUCUGAACCAGAUCUACACAGAGCUCUACAUCACAGAGGGAGGGACUGGAGAGGUCAAUGAUGAACAUGAGGUCAGACAGAUUGAAACAGCAUCCAGGAAACCACACAGACCAGAAACAACAAUCAGACAAGAAGACAUCUUUAAAGUCCCACCUGGAAGAGAUCAACCAAUCAGAACAGUGAUGACAAAGGGAGUGGCUGGCAUUGGGAAAACAGUCCUAACACAGAAGUUCACUCUGGACUGGGCUGAAGACAAAGCCCACCAGAACAUCCAGUUCAUAUUUCCAUUUACCUUCAGAGAGCUGAAUGUGCUGAAAAUGAAAAAGUUCAGCUUGGUGGAACUUGUUCAUCAUUUCUUUAGUGAAGCCAAAGAAAUCUGCAGCUUCGAACACUUCCAGGUUCUGUUCAUUUUUGAUGGACUGGAUGAGAGUCGACUUCCUCUGGACUUCCACAACAAGGAGAUCCUGACUGAUGCUACAGAGUCCACCUCAGUGGACGUUCUGCUGACAAACCUCAUCAGGGGGAAACUGCUUCCCUCUGCUCUCCUCUGGAUAACCACACGACCUGCAGCAGCCAAUCAGAUCCCUCCUCAGUGUGUUGGCAUGGUAACAGAGGUCAGAGGGUUCAAUGACCCACAGAAGGAGGAGUACUUCAGGAAGAGAUUCAGAGAUAAGGAGCAGGACAGCAGGAUCAUCUCCCACAUGAAGACAUCACGAAGCCUCCACAUCAUGUGCCACAUCCCAGUCUUCUGCUGGAUCACUGCUACAGUUCUGGAGGAUGUGUUGGAGACCAGAGAGGGAGGAGAGCUGCCCAGAACCCUGACUGAUAUGUACAUCCACUUCCUGGUGGUUCAGACCAAAGUGAAGAAGGUCAAGUAUGAUGGAGGAGCUGAAACAGAUCCACACUGGAGUCCAGAGAGCAAGAAGAUGAUUGAGUCUCUGGGAAAACUAGCUUUUGAUCAGCUGCAGAAAGGAAACCUGAUCUUCUAUGAAUCAGACCUGACAGAGUGUGGCAUCGAUAUCAGAGCAGCCUCAGUGUACUCAGGAGUGUUCACACAGAUCUUUAAAGAGGAGAGAGGUCUGUACCAGGACAAGGUGUUCUGCUUCGUCCAUCUGAGUGUUCAGGAGUUUCUGGCUGCUCUUCAUGUUCAUCUGACCUUCAUCAAAUCUGGUUCUGAUGUGAUGAAAGAAACACAAAGAUCUAAGAAGUCUUCAUUAUUUAAUAAAUCUGACCUAAAAUCUCUCCAUCAGAGAGCUGUUGACCAGGCCUUACAGAGUCCAAAUGGACACCUGGAUUUGUUCCUCCGCUUCCUCCUGGGACUUUCACUGCAGACCAAUCAGAGACUCCUAAAAGGUCUGCUCACGAAGACAGGAAGUAGCUCACAGACCAAUCAGGAAACAGUUCAGUACAUCAAGGAGAAGAUCAAUGAAAAUGUGUCUGCAGAGAAAAGCAUCAAUCUGUUCCACUGUCUGAAUGAACUGAAUGAUUGUUCUCUAGUGAAGGAGAUCCAACAGUCUCUGAGUUCAGGAAGUCUCUCCACAGAUAAACUGUCUCCUGCUCAGUGGUCAGCUCUGGGUUUCAUCUUAGUGUCAUCAGGAAAAGAUCUGGAUGUGUUUGACCUGAAGAAAUACUCUGCUUCAGAGGAGGUUCUUCUGAGGCUGCUGCCAGUGGUUAAAGCCUCCAACAAAGCUCUACUGAGUGGCUGUAACCUCUCAGAGAGAAGCUGUGAAGCUCUGUCCUCAGUUCUCAGCUCCCAGUCCUCCAGUCUCAGAGAACUGGACCUGAGUAACAACAAGCUGCAGGAUUCAGGAGUGAAGCUUCUCUCUGCUGGACUGAAGAGUCCAAACUGCAACCUGGAAACUCUCAGCUUAUCAGGCUGUUUGGUCUCAGAGGAAGGCUGUGCUUCUCUGGCCUCAGCUCUGACCUCCAACCCCUCCCAUCUGAAAAAGUUGGACCUGAGCUACAAUCAUCCAGGAGACUCAGGAGUGAAGCUGCUGUCGGCUGGACUGAAGGAUCCACACUGGAGACUGGAAGCUCUCAGGGUGGAGCCUGCUGGAGUCCCAUUCUUGACACCAGGUGUGAGGAAGUAUUCCUGUCAACUCACCAUCGACACAAACACAGUGAGCAGAAAACUCAAACUGUCUGAAGACAACAGGAAGGUGACACGUGUGGAGGAGCUUCAGUCAUAUCCUGAUCAUCCAGACAGAUUUGAUUUUCCUCAGCUGCUGUGUAGAACUGGUCUGACUGGUCGCUGUUACUGGGAGGUCGAGUGGAGAGGAGAUGUUUAUAUAUCAGUGAGUUACAGAAGAAUCAGGAGGAAACGAGACAGUAGAGACUGUCGGUUUGGAGGGAAUAAUCAUUCCUGGAGUCUGAGCUGCUCUGAUGAUGGUUACUCUGUCUGGCACAAUAACAUAAAAACUCCUCUCUCCUCCUCCUCUGUCUCUAACAGAGUAGCAGUGUAUGUGGACUGUCCUGCUGGCAUUCUGUCCUUCUACAGAGUUUCCUCUGACUCACUGAUCCUCCUCCACACCUUCAACACCACAUUCACUGACCCUCUGAUUCCUGGAUUUACAGUCUGGCCCAGUUCUGGUUCCUCAGUGUUUCUGUGUUGAGUUGAGUCUAAAGAGUCUAAAGAGUCUAAAGAUUUUCCUCCUGUCAGAGAAACUCUCUCACUGUUGAACAGAUAGUUCAGUCUCUACAAUCUAUUUCUUGGUGAAACAAUUCUGAUUGAGUCCUUGGAAACUUUUUCUUCUUCCAGUCCUUUAAAGAUGGAAGCUGGGAUUAUUCCAGGAUUAUUCCAGGAUCCUCAUGUCUUUCUGUUUGUUUCCAGUCAAAGCUUCACACUGAAUAUCAAGAUAUUGUUUCUCUUAUUUUUUCCUUUCAUUCAUCAGAUUUCAUUGAAAUGUUGAUCAGUUUUUCUCAAUCACUGAUCAUUUUCUGUUUCUAUCGGCUCCUAUUUUUC